AUGACUAUCACUACCAUUGCCCCUGGAAACAAUGCCCCUGGAAACAAUGUUCAACCCCACCGAAUCUUCCUCGCCAGUGUACCUCGUACGGCCUCGAAUCUCCUCUUGAAGAUUCUCAACAUCCGCAACCAACCCACUGUUCUCACCAACCAAAAGAGCGGCUACUUCUUUUACGAUGCCUUCAUGCAAUCCAGAAGGGACGGUUGCAUCCACAAGCCACUAGACCAAUGGACAACAGAGGAGAAGACCGAGCUCAAAGCCACCAUCCAACAGUGCUUCAACAACAUAGAAGACUACUCCACCCGCGCCCGCGCCGAGAAGAAGAUAAUGUUCACCAAAGAACACGCCUUCUGGUUCGUCAACCCGGGAUUCUUCACGAGCGCCAGUGACGGUGCCUCAACCCCCGCACCCGAGCAACUGAAACAGUUCCACGUCUCCAUCCCAGAAUGCUACGGAUCCUCGCAGACUUUCUCGGCCAAUAACAAAACCUUCAUGUCGGACGAGUACCUGCGCACCUGGCAGUUGGCUUUCAUCAUCCGUCACCCGGCACUAGUUUAUCCGUCAUUGUACCGCGCUAUGCAGAAAUUGUCCAAGGCUGGUUUUAUUGACGAGGAUGGUAUUAAGGGUUUGUCCGUGGCGAACAUGACUAUGGAAUGGACACGGAAUUUGUUCAACUGGUGUCUCGAGCAGCCGGAUGAGCCUGUCCCGCCUUUGGUCAUCGAUGCCCAUGAUGUGAUUCAUAACCCCGCUGCUGUGGUUAAGUUCUGUGAGAAGACUGGUCUAGAUACUGCAUCCAUGCAGUUUGAGUGGAAUGACUCUACGAAUGUAUCUGAGAACUGGACGAGCGGUGUGGACGAGCAGGAGGUGGAGACGGGUAAAGUUGCUGCUUCUAUCAUGUUGUCGACUUUGGAGGAGUCGACGGGUGUUGUUAAGGGUAAGGCUCCGAUAUCGGUUGAUAUUGAUGCGGAGGUUGCCCAGUGGCGUGUUGAGUUUGGGAAUGAAAUUGCUGAGCUGCUUGAGAAGGCUACUCGGGAUUCCAUGCCGGAUUAUGAGUAUUUGAAGGCUAGCAGAAUUACUGUAUAA